GUCAGAGGUUGCGGGACCGGCGGUUGACUGACGAGUGAACCCGCCAGUGAGAACAUGCCUUAGGGAGUGGUGCCGGAACUGAAGAGCUGGGCCGGGGAGGCGGAUCAUCCGGCAGAUCGGGGCGGGGGAGGGAGCUGGAGCUCGGUACGCGCAGGGCGGCCGGAGCAGCAUGGCGGAAGACGAGAGCGACCAGGAGUCGGAGAGACUGGGCGAGGAGCUCGAGGCCAUCGUGAGGCCGUACCUUCCCGCCGGCCUGUCUCCCGCCCUGAGCAGCCAGUAUUACUGCUACCGCUUCUGCCAGGUUGUUGAAGACUAUGCUGGAAGAUGGCAGGUUCCUUUACCACAACUUCAAGUACUUCAGACUGCACUUUGUUGCUUCACAUCUGCAUGUGUAUCAUUCCCAGCAGAAUGUGAACACGUACAGUGUGUAUUGAGUAGCCUAGCCUUGAGUUUUUUUGAAUUGCUGCUGUUCUUUGGCAAGGAUGAAUUCUAUGAAGAUCCUUUAAAAGAUAUUUUGGGUUCAAUCCAGGAAUGUCAGAACCUCUUGAGCAGAUAUGGAAAUGUUAACUUGGAGUUGGUGACUCGCAUUAUCAGAGAUGGAGGACCUUGGGAGGAUCCAGUAUUACAGGCUGUUCUUAAAGCAAAGCCAGUUUCUCAGGAGUUAGUUAACAAAUAUUUAAGCUCUGAAAAUCCACUGUUCUUUGAAUUACGUGCCAGAUAUCUUAUUGCCUGUGAACGCAUCCCUGAGGCAAUGGCUCUCAUCAAAUCUUGUAUGAAUCAUCCUGAUAUUAGCAAAGAUCUUUACUUCCAUCAAGCAUUUUUCACGUGUCUAUAUAUGUCACGAUUAGAAGAUCAGCUAUUCCAGGAGCACUUGCUUAGGACUGACUGCAAGAAUGGUGUUGAAAUAAUCUGCAACAUUGCAAAAGAAGGGAAGACCGCCUUAGCCUUGAACCUUUGUGAAGCAUUCCUUAUUCCACAACUCCAAAACGGAGAUAUGUAUUUUAUCUGGGAACUGAUCUUUAUUUGGAGCAAACUACAGCUUAAAUCUAAUCCAUCAAAACAGGUUUUUGUUGAUCAAUGCUACCACCUUCUAAGGAUUGCUACAAAUAUAAGGGUUAUUUUCCCUUUUAUGAAAGUUAUUAAAGAUGAAGUUGGCAAGGAUGGCUUGCAGAUUUGUGUGGAGAUAUGUGGAAGUGCUCUCCAGCUGGAUCUCCGUGAUGAUCCCAAAAUGAAAUGCCUGAUCUACAAAUCCAUUGCUCACUUCUUGCCAAAUGACUUGGAGAUUGUCAGAAUAUGCGCUCUUUCUGUCUUUUUCAUUGAGCACAGCUCUGGGUCCUAUGAUACCGUUGAACACCUGUAUAAAUGUGCAGAUGAAGAAUACAACGAACAAACCAGUUCUGUUCAAAAUCGUGUGCGUUUUGAGUUGCUUCCAAUUUUGAAAAAGAGUUUGUUUUUUGAUCCCGAGUUCUGGAAUUUCUCUAUGAUCAAGCAGAACUGCUUAGCACUGCUAAGGGACAAAGUGUCAACUGAUGUAAAUAAAAGUACACUGGAACAUGCUUCUGCAAAUACACAGAAGACACGGCGAGCAUUGCGUGGUGAUCAUUCUGAUGUAAGCAAAGGAGAACUAGAUCAUGACGACCCUUCUGGAGCUCAGUCGAAAUGUCAUGGUAAUUCCAAAAAGAACCACAUCACUCUGGGAUCGCCUAAAAUAGAUCACAAUGUACCUAGGCACCGUUGUGUGUUAUGCAACAGGGAAUUUCUUGGAGGUCACAUUGUGAGGCAUGCACAGGCUCAUCAAAAAAAGGGCAGUUUUUCCUGUGUGAUGUGUCGCAGAAGAUUCAGGCAAAAAGGAGUCAUGCUUAAGCACUUAAAAAAUCACAUCAAGAAGAUGAAAAGGCACCACCUUGCUGUUACUUGCCAUGAUCUGGAAACACCCGAUGUAAGCGAAGUGAAGUGCUCUGAUGUAGAUGUGUCUCUUGAAAAUGGGAACUUAGAGAGCUCUAUAGAUAACAAACUAGAGGCUGUUGCAAUUCCAAGUACUGAGCAGGAGAUGAUACAAAAUACUGAACCCUUAUUGGAUGUAAUUGAAAAUCAUGUUGGUUAUCCAGAUAAUAUUAUUGAAAAUGGUAGUUGUGACAGCUGUUCAAACAACACUCCUGAUCCAGAAACUACAGAAGGAUUACCCGAAAGUGAUAGCCUGAGUAAAGAGCUGCCCGUACUUCAUAAAGUAAAUGGUGUGCUAUGUCCUCAAAAUGAUUUGGACAUUAAAGACCAAGCUGGUAAUUUUAAGUGUCCUGCUAAUGGCUGUAUUAGAGUCUUUAAAAAGAUAAGGUUUCUGAACAAACAUGCACGGAAAGCUCAUCCCACUGAUCUGAAGGUACAAGAACAUAUAAUGAAGUGGAAUAAAGGAAAAUGCAGGUUUUGUCAGAGAAAGUUUUUAGAUUCUCAACAUUUUAUUGAUCAUUUAAAGCAACAUGUAUAUCCAAAUGCAUAUUUUUGUUUACACUUCAACUGCAAUCAGAGAUUUAAGCUGUCCACUGAGCUUUUAGAGCAUACAAAAACGCAUAGUGAAUUUAAAGCUCAGUGUAACUUUGCAGGCUGCUGUGAGCUUUUUGAGGACCUUUCAGUGCUGUAUGAGCAUGAAGCUCAACACUAUUCAAACAAAACUGAUCUUUCUGAAGAGGUCAGUGAAAAGAAUUCUUCAGAUAUUGUUUUGGAACCCCAGUGCAGUGUACAAGAAAAAGGAAGAAGUAAUAGUCCGAAGGAGGCUGUUGCAGACUUACCAGUUCCAACUUGGAAAGCAAGGAAAGAUUCCACAGAACCAAAGACUUACAUCCAGAGUGAGAAAAAAAUAAACAGUCUCACCCAAAAUGGGAAUGAAAAUGUAUGUGAUGGUACCACUACCAUUGUGAAUUUGAUAGACCAAAAUAUCCCUGCAGUAGAGCCAAAUUCUGAGAAUGUGGUUAGUGACCAACUAGUCAAUGGGCACGCUGAACUGGAACAGGCUUCGUUUGAUACUGUUUUGGAAGAACUGACUGACAUAACAAGGACAGAAAAUGGGUCUCUUCUGCCAGAUACACAGAACUGUAAUGAUAUGCCAUCAAACAGUCUUGCUACAUCUUCCAAACCAAAUCAGAUAACGGAAAAUACUUCAUAUGGCUUAAUUUUAACAAAGCCUUAUGUUAGACCAUUGCCUCCAAGUUACCUUGAUGAACGAUAUAUCAGCAUGCCAAAACGUAGAAAAACUUUGUCUGAAAAAGUAGAUACCCGUUCAGAGCAAGAUAACUCUUGUAGCAAAUCGGAGAGAUUAAGAUGCAGCAAAUGCCUGACCACCUACUGUAACCCAGAAGCUCUUCAGCUUCAUCUUGCACAAAAGAAGUGUCAGACACUCUUUGGAUUCGAUUCAGAUGAUGAAAGUGCCUGAUCAAGUGUUGUGAGAAGACUUCUCAGUUUGAGGAGUAGUGAUGGAACACUACAAUACUCUGCAUCCGUUUGCUUUUCCCCUGUUGGCCUUAAUUAUAAAGAAGUCUGAAAUUACUAAAGAAAAUCAUGACCUUGCUCAGAGUUAAAGCACACUUGAGUCAAAACUAUGUGAUAGCAGGAGCUGUGCGGAAUUUGAAUCCAAAAAAACUGUUUUAAAGCCCCCAAAGUACCGAUUAUGUAGAAGCCACAAGGUCCCAAUGAAUUCCUAGUGUAAGUAAGAUCAAGUGCAGGAGCAUAUUGUAUGGCUGUCAUGCUGAGUGAGUGGUAACUGUUGCCCUUAAGAGAAAUGCAAGCGGUACUUGCCUCUUUACUAUUGUAUGUGUUCAAAGGAGAACUGUCAAAAUUAUCAAAACUAAUUUGAGUCAUAUUAAAUGUCUCAAUAUGCAUAAAAAUAUGAUCAGUUAAAAGGUGAUCUGUUUGUAGAGGUUGAUUAUUCUUAGCAUGGAGUCUGGGAACAGAAGAACAAAAAGCUCAGAACUGGGCAGUGUCUUGUUAAAGAUGGUAAGACGUGCAAUAAAGAAGAAAGCAUGUCUCAAUUUGAUAUUUCCAAAGACAAGUGACUACAUUCAAAUGCACCAGAUUUCUCCCCACAUCCCCACCCCCAGUAUCUGAAUAGUGGAGGACAUCUAGAAAGCUUGCAUGCAAUAUGCUUGCAUUCUAACAGAUCUAUACAAGUACAGUGUCGGGGAUUAACCACACAGUUUGAGGUUCAGCAGUAAAUGGACAUGAUGUGAAGGCAGCUGACUUGAGCUGGGACAUAAAGGUAAAUUUUGUGUAAGUAUAAAGAUUCUUGGCAGUUGGUAUGAUGCGCACUUUUAAAGGUCAGCUUGCUCUAUAAAAGUGUGCCAUGAUGGAUAGAAGAGGAUCCCUCAAGAUGCAAAGUAGAAUGGGAUACUAGGAAUAAAAAUACCUGCAGAAUAACUUUAUACCCAUGUUUGUUUCAACAUAUCGCUAAAUUUUCAUUAUGGAAACUUACUUUGGGUCCUGAAAGAUUCCUAUAAAAUACAACAGUUCACAAAAUUCAGUGACAGAAAUAAUUUCUAGAACAUUAAUUCCUUUCACCUACUGAAUGCCUGUAAGCCUGUAAGAGCAAUUUGCACUGUGCCUUGAGAGGUGAAGCUUUAACUUCCUCACUCCUAACAAAGUAUAUGUAAAGAUAGAGGAUUCAAAUCCCAAAAGGCCCAAUGUUUUCUUGAGAAGAGAACAUUGUACACAAUUUUUCACUGCUACAAAAGCUGUAUGUCAAGAAUUAUUUUUGCAGAUCAAACAUUUCAAGCCCAUUUCAAGGGGGUGCUGUUAGAAGAUUGGAUGACUCAUUGGGAUGACUGUAGGAACAGCUCAUACUUCCAAAAAUUGAAUGGUUUUGUUAUACUUGCAUUUAAAUAAUAUUUGGCAUCUUAAACCUGUUGAUCAGUGUUUUUAAUUUCAAAAUUAAAGAUAGUUGUACUUCUCUUGCCUCUUCAUAGGGAGCAAAGAAAUGUCAACCUUGUUUUCUAUGAGAUUUUAACAAAAGGUAUAGAGAUAGGCUUGCAGUACAAAUGAGUUUUUCACCACUUCUGGAUCAGUCUUUAUGUACAGAACACCAAAAUACAUUUCUAACCCUCCUAUAUGCUUGAGAGUUAUGGCUGUGAGAACUCCAUGCUAAAAUCUAAAAAUUAAGCAUGGAAGUAACUCAAAUCCUAUAAGAACAAAUACUGAGUUCUGUGACCUAUAUAAACUUGGAGAUUUAAUAAUUUAUCUUUAUAUGAAGAAAAUUCUCUCCCAAAACAAAAUUGCACAAAUGUGGUAUUGGGAUCAUUAUAGAUAUGAAAAAAAUUUGGGGGUACAGUUAAUUAAACAUUAAUAUUUUUGCAUUAAAUUGACGUAAUUGUCAAUUGUAUCUCAGUUUUUAACUGCAUCUUAAUUGAAUCUGAUAUCAAUACCAGAUUUGAAAACAACUUAUUCCCAGUAUAGGUGGGUGAAAAGUUCAAGUUCUGAUAAAAGGCAUCAUACAUACUACAGUUCAGGUAUUUAAAAAUUAAUGUGGACCUGUUCAUCAGAUUCAUUUGAGUUCCUGUCCAGAAUUGAACUAUCAAUUAUUUUUGAUAGUAUACCAUAUUGUCCAGGCAUUCCCAGACUCUUGUGUGUUCUUGUCACUCUUUUUAGUUUUGUUUCAUUGCUUUAAACUCUGUUUGGAUAGAAGAAUAUUAAUGCUGUGUUUGAAAACUUGGAAGUCCACUUUAGUGGAAUCAACAUUACAAACACAUACCUUUAGGUUAUAAAGCAUUUGUGUGCUUUUCCUUUACUUAAGCACCAUCUGAUCAAGUUGUGUGUUAAAACAAAACUGGGUUCUGCAGUGCAUUUGUUUGUGUGGACACACUGCAGCUGUGUAUCCAUAAACAUAAUUCUUUUAUCUGUUCUAGAGCUGGGGUUUUUUGGAUGCACACAUCUGUUCAGCAUGUUUUAAAUUUGAAAUUGACUAUCUGUAUUUCUGACUUCUGUGAAUUGCCAUAUGUUGGGCAUCCAAAAUCUUGAUCAACUCGGGCUGCAAUUAUAAGUCCUUACUCAGGAAUAGGUUCCAUUGAAGUUGAUGAACUAUUUUCCAAAGCGUGUAAGAUCAGUUGUAAAAUAGCAGUAGGUAACACUUUUGUAGAAAUGAGAGGGGGAAAGUUGCCCUUCUAUAAAAUGUCUACUAUUCCCCAUUUAGUUCAGAUGACCUGUUGUAUCACACAAUUUCAGUUUUGAAAGGUAAAAUUCUAAAAUGAUUGAUUUUAAGUUGUGUGUAAGAGAACCUCUUACGGUUUGACCUCUGAUAUGCUAUACCAGCACCCAGAUAUUAACAGCUAGGUUUCCAGCUUCAUAUGUCACAAACAUGCCACUUUGCAUUGCAGAAAAUGACAGGAUCGUGUUUCUGGCACAUACACAAGUAUUAAUGUUUGGAGUAUCCAACUAACAUUCUGAAAUGAGUUUUCAGCUAUUGGAUUUCAAAAUGUCCCUAAUUUAAGGCAUAUUUAAAGAUUAAACUGUUACAAUGGCCAGAAGCUGCAUAGGCUAGAAAAUCAAACACUCAUGCUGGGCCACACUUUGCACUCUUGCCUAAGGAUGGAGGAAUGCACACACUAUCAUCAGAAUACUUGCCAACUGUCCCUGGUUACCUAUAGGUAUACCUAUCCUGCUUUUUGGAAGGAUUCUUCUCUUCCUCUAGAAACUGGAUGAAAAUCAUAUAGGCAGUUUCCAGUCAAUCACCUCCUUAUCCCUGCACACUUUUGGUUGUGCUGGGAAGUAAUUGGGGACCCUGCUAGCAUGGAACUGACCUUGAGGGUGCAAGGAGCUGAGGCCACUAGGAAUAUGUGAAGAAGGUUUCUUCCCGCCCCCCCCCCCCCCCCACUUGGCAGUCCAGCUCAGAAAUGUCCAUGAACUAGAUUUUUGGCCCAACGAUUGCCAAAUGAUAGUAGUAAUCUGCUAUUUUCUUUUCACAUAGUUCAAUGAGUCUGUGUACAAACUUCAAACAUUUUGUGGACUUAAUUGUAUAUGAAGGAGGUUCCAUAACUGAGUGGUAGAACACACAUUUUAUAUGCAGAAGACCCCAGGUUUGAUUCCUGGCAUCUCCAGUUUGAGGAUCAAGUAGCAGGUGCUGGGGAAGACCUCUGCCCAAAACCCUGGUAGAGCCACUGCCCAGUCAGAGUAGACCACAUUGGGUUAGAUGGCCUCCCUCAAGAUAAGGUAGCUUCAUAUGUUCACAUAGAACUUAGAAAGUUUCUGAGUCUGGGUAACUGAACUCGACUUCUUCUCAAGCGUUUUAUGAGAGGCAGUUUCCUACCAUCUUGACUCCCUCUAUUGCUGUAGCACAGUGUUGCUGAUCCAGCUGUGCUCACAUGCACAACCCUCUUCUGGCUAAAAGAGAGCACACAAGGCAGCAGCAGCCAUUGUCCAGUGCUCAUUUAUCCAGUCAAUGAAAUGUGCUGUGACGAGUGCCAGUCUUUUUCUUUCUCUCCCCUGCCGCUGUAUUAAGACAAUAAGUGCAGCCACUGCUGAGCUCAUGGUUCUUUUGUCUUUUGACUUCUCAGGACGAAAGGCUAGAAAAGAGUGGCUGCAGUUGCCAUAGUAUUACUGUGUUUUCCUAGCCAGGAAGCCUAUGGUGGCAACUUAACUAGUCUAAGCAAUUUCUACUUGCCUCUGGCAGAAGGAAAAGUAGUGGAUUGUGUAGGUGACACCAAGAUUUUCUGGUUACAUUCUGAAUGCUUAAAGAUGGCAUGGCAUUUGAAAACAAAGCAAAAUUGCACCUCUAGCUAUGUGCUGAUCAAAGACCUCCAGUUCUUAGGGUAACCCUUAGUGCCUAAAAUGGAUCCUGCACUAUCCCAGAUUUUGACACUUUUUGAGUCGCAGGCCUUCAUAGGAUUUGAAAGACUUUCAAGAAGGGUGUUCACAACUUUCUGUUACUACAUGAUUUUGGCUCACAAUAAAAGAUAUCUAAAAAUCUAAACUGAGUGUUGCUGCUUGGGUAACCUGCCUCCACAAAUAUAUUUGUAGAUCAAGUUGCAAAUGGUUAUCUAUUGGAAAGGUCACUGGUACUUUGGUUAUUUAGCCAUAUUCACUAAACAUCUAGAAAUCAAAUAGUUUGGAUCAUGAAUAACAAGAUUCAGCAUUACUCCUUGUUUCUCACCAAGGAGUAGAAUGAAACACUUAAAGGGGUGGUGUUUUUAUUAAUUUAUUUUGUAUUGUAUAACACCUUGCUUAAAUAAAUGCAGUGUGUGCAUUUUGGGAUUCUUAAGUUUAAUUUGUAAAAGCUACUACAGUUUCAGCAAGAGAGAAAAUUUGUGCUUCCUUGUUGAAUGUUAAAUUAUUUUAUUUUGCAUUUUAUAUGAGUACAAAUUAAAACUGAGCCAUCAAACUGCAAUAAAUCAACAGUAGUGUUUCAUUUUAAACUUUUUGUAUUGUAAAUAGAAUUCAAUAAAAUAUUGUCUGUUAUUAAAAGAUGA